AUGGCAUUGGCAUUGCUUCCACCUUACCACUCGAACUACCCUCUACAACAUCCUCUACCCUCGCCAACGGUACUGCUGGCUUCAGCGGCAAUGGAGCAGGCCAAUAAGUUCAGGCCAUCGCUACCUUCAAUUUCCAGUCUCAUCGAGGCAGUUACGGAGCAGUCUGAAAAAGGAAACACAUCUUCUCCAACAUUCGGGGCUCCGCGAAGGAUAUCUGGAGGUUCACAUGGACAGGGAAUCAGCCCGGAAAGACCACAACUAUCAGGAAGCCCCCGAAGUCUUCCCCCACCGACACCAGAAUUACCGCCGCCGUCGAGAUUCGACUUGCCCCGACCCUCUCCCAUCAACACUUCGCCGAGCUCAGGCCCCAACCGAAGCAGUUAUCAUCAAAGCACGAAUCCUGAGUUGUACGCUCAACGGCCAUCAGCUUGUCCCCCGGUGACGGAAGCAGCCACGACAUAUCCUUCGUCAACUGACUCGAGAGCAUGGCCACCUUCGCAUCUUCCAAGGCUUGCCCCGGACGCUGUGCAGUCAGACCAGCCGCCCAAAGCUCUAGCAGUGCCUUCAAUCGAGGCACGUCCAGCAGAGGUACCAGCAUACAAUGGACUUUCUCAGCAACGGCCUCUGCCGACAGAUUUCCCGGGCCCCAUUCCUAACAUUGGGGUGGCAACCAUCGACCAUACGGCGGGGCCACCGUGGCAGCUUCCUCAGUACUAUCCCCCCGUCCACAACUCAUAUCCUCACAGCCACGAGCGCGACAUCACGGAGAGGUUCAAAGGCAUCCCGAUCUCAGGCUGGUACAGAGAACACCCAGUCUUGGAGAAAAGGCUUGGGCCAGCAGAAGCAUAG